CGGUCAAUAAUAGCCAAUAGCAUGAUGUGGACUAGAGUUUAAAAGCAGUGUGCAUUUCGAGGUCAGUUUCCUGUGCAGGUCAUGAUGGAUCGAGCAGCUCUCCGGCUGAUUCUCUUGGGCGUCUUUCUUAUCUCAGCCACUUCUGAUCCUUUUAAGAAGAAACAAAAUGUGGAUAUAUACAGCUUCUACAUUAACUCCACGGUCACCAGUCGCUACGCCACAACAGUCAUCACAAGCCGCGUUGCAAACACAUUGAAUGAAUCUCAAGAGAUACAGUUUGAGGUCAAGAUUCCCAAGAACGCCUUCAUCAGCAAAUUCAGAAUGACCAUAGAGGGAAAAACAUAUGAUGGGGUUGUGAAGGAAAAAGAAGAAGCUCAGCAGCAAUACAAUCAAGCAGUAUCUCGAGGACAAAGUGCUGGACUGGUCAAAUCUGUUGGAAGGACCUUAGAGGACUUUAAAACGUCAGUGACUGUGGCUGCUUUUAGUAAAGUGACCUUUGAGUUGACCUACGAGGAACUGCUAAAGCGCCGCCUCGGCAAAUAUGAGCUACUCAUCAAUGCCCAACCGAUGCAGCCAGUGGCUGACUUCAAGAUGGAUGUGCACAUCCAAGAGAAACCAGGAAUUUCCUUCUUGGAGGUGAAAGGAGAUUUGAGCACCGGUGAUCUGACCAAUGCCAUCAAAAUCACCAGAGCAGACAAAGAUGCAUGGGUGACCUUCUACCCCACACGAGAUCAACAGACCACGUGUAGAAGCUGUGGAGAAAAUGGGUUGAAUGGAGACCUGCUUAUAACAUAUGAUGUUGAGAGACAAAAUCCCCAAGGAGAAGUUGUGGUAUCAAAUGGCUAUUUCGUCCACUACUUUGCACCCUCUGAUGUUUCACGUAUUCCCAAAAAUGUGGUGUUUAUCAUUGACCGAAGUGGCUCUAUGCACGGCAAAAAAAUAGACCAGACUCGUUUGGCACUGCUAAGGAUUUUGAGUGAUCUUGAUGAGGAUGACCACUUUGGAUUGAUCACAUUUGACAGUGAGGUUAGCUUAUGGAAGCGUGAACUCCUCAAAGCUACUGAGACAAACCUGGAGAAUGCGAAAUCUUUUGUGAAGGAGAUCAGAGAUAGAGGAGCCACAGACAUAAACGCUGCAGUUCUGCAAGGAGUGGACAUGAUCAGUCGACAUCCACGAGAGGGAACAGCCUCCAUCCUGAUCCUGCUGACUGAUGGAGAUCCCACUUCAGGUGAAACCAACAAAGAUAAGAUAAUGGCCAAUGUGAAAGAAGCCAUUGGGACAAAGUUUCCCCUCUAUUGUCUUGGUUUUGGAUAUGAUGUAAAUUUUGACUUCCUGACAAAGAUGUCACUGGAAAAUGGUGGAGUUGCUCGCAGGAUUUAUGAAGAUUUGGACGCUGAUCUACAGCUGCAGGGCUUCUAUGAUGAAGUUGCCGUCCCUCUCCUCACUGAUAUUCAACUUAAAUACCCAGGAGGGACAAACCUUACAAAGACCAGCUUUAGCUUGUACUUCAAUGGCUCUGAGAUUGUGGUGUCGGGACAAAUCACAGACAACAGUGUGGAGAGUUUCACCACUGAAGUCAUCGCAGUAUCAAAAAGCAGUAAUGUGACGUAUAAGGACACUAUAAUGACAAAAGACCCCAGAGAUGUCCCUCCUGAGAAUGAAGAUUUCAUGCAGAGAUUGUGGGCCUACCUUACAGUGAAGCAGCUUCUGGAAAGACAGGUGCUUCUUAAAGGACAAGAGAAAGAGGAUGAAAAGAAAGAAGCUCUUAAACUCUCCCUGAAAUACCAGUUUGUCACUCCCCUCACCUCUAUGGUUGUUACCAAGCCACAGGAAGGUGAAGUGGAAGUUGCCGACAAACCCAAAGAGGGAGAAGCGCCGCCCAGACCUCCAGCAGUGCACCCGCGUCCUGUACCUAACGGUCCUUUUGGACCACCAGGAUUUAGUCUGUACCAAUAUCAGCCAAGACAACCCAGUCCAGCAGCAGCUUUUCCAGUGUUGCGUGGUGGACGAUAUCGCUCUGAGCGUAUUCUGGCUAGACCUUCAUAUCCAGUAGCUGAGGAUUUUGAUCCUCGUGGCAGAAUGGUCUCUGCUCCAGCAGUUCACAGCAGUCGUUUCCUGCUGUCUGUUGUUGGUCAGUCUAUGCCACUUUGUUUUGACGUUACUGUUCCUCACAAACUCAGACUCUUCCAGGAUUCAGCAUCAGAGUUCUCUGUGAACGGAGAAUCCAUGACUGGACAAAGUGGGUUCCAUAACAUUGCCUUUCAUUACAAAACAAACCAUCAUCUGACAAUAAGCACAACGUCUAUCAGAUACCACGACGGACAGAAUCAUGUUGAGUUUUUGUGGGGCCAAGAACCGACCCAACACAAAACAGAGGACGUGUCUCUGAUUCUACGGAGCGAUGAAUUAGACGUCACCAUGGGAAAUAUCCGUGUCAUUAUUCUGCUUCACAAGGAAAACGGGGACGUGUUUCUGUGGCCUGCUGUUCAGCAACAGCCAAAAGAUGUCAAGUUGACAGGCAUUUUAGGAAAAACCGAUGCUUCAUAUGAGGAGAUUCAAGGAUCACAAACACCAACUCUAAAGAUAAAUGACCAAGAAGUGAGCGCGAGCUGGGUGGAUGCCACAGACUACAGACUUUCUUCAAAGCCGGUUAUCAAAUGCUGGCUUGUCUCGUUCUACGCUGCGAUGCAGAAAGACAUUUCUGAUUUUACUGUCACUCAGCUGUAGAGUUCAAAGCUGGCACAUGAAGCAUGUUUCUAUAUAAACAAAUUCAUCAACAUAAAAACAAUGUGUUAGAAUCUGGA